CUGCAAAAACCGUUCCCACCGAAUCCAUAGUACAAACGAAGGUUCCGGUUCCUAAACGUCAGCAUAAAGUAUCGGCUCAUCUUCCGGGCACGUUAUUGUUGCAUCAGCACCCAACCAUCCUCAGUCUACAAUGUCGACCUCAGGAGAGCCAGUGUUCCCCUUCGAACCCCUGCUCCAGAUCACAGACGCGACCGAGCUCUCCGAAGCUCUGGACCGUUACCUGGAGACACGCAGUUACCUGAGCGGCUUCGGCCCCUCCCACAUCGACCACAAAACUGCUAAACUGCUCCGUACCCCCCCGCCCCCACGACUCAAGCACGCCCUCCGCUGGUACAGGCACAUAACUGCGCUGCAGCCACUCGAAGACUCAGGGCAGGACUCAAACUGCAUGAAAGGGAAGCGUGUGCAGCCGUCCUGGUCGGCUCCAUCAGGAACUGAAGUCCCUCAGCUCAGACUCUACAACAGCCUCACCAGGAGCAAGGAGCUGUUUGUUCCUCAGAAGGGAAACAAAGUCACAUGGUACUGCUGCGGCCCCACAGUGUACGACGCCUCGCACAUGGGACACGCCAGGUCGUACAUUUCCUUUGACAUUCUGCGGAGGAUACUGAAGGACUAUUUUAAAUAUGACGUCCUUUACUGCAUGAACAUCACAGACAUCGAUGAUAAGAUCAUUAAAAGAGCGAGACAGAACUACCUUUUGGAGCAGUACAGAGACAAACAUCCCUCAGCCGCUCAGAUCCUGCAGGACGUCGUGAGCGCCCGAGGGCCGUUCCAGUCGAGUCUGUCCUCCACCACAGAUCCCGAUAAGAAGCAGAUGAUGGAGAGACUCGACGCCGCUGUCACUGCUGCUCUUCAGCCACUAGAGGCCGCUGUGAACAACAAGGCCCCAGACACAGAGCUGCAGCCGCUCGCACAGACCCUGUUGGAGAGCUCUAAGGACCUGCUCUCUGAUUGGUUGGACAAACAGUUCGGGAGCUCCGUCACCGAAAACUCCAUCUUCAACACUUUACCUAAAUACUGGGAGGCCGAGUAUCACAAGGACAUGGACGCACUCAAUGUCCUUCCCCCCGACGUCUUGACUCGGGUCAGCGAGUACGUGCCAGAGAUCGUGGAGUUUGUCGAGAGGAUCGUCAAAAAUGGAUACGGAUAUGAAUCAAACGGCUCGGUGUAUUUUGACACGGCGAAGUUCGAUGGCAGUCCUCAGCACUCGUACGCCAAACUGGUCCCAGAGGCAGUAGGAGAUCAGAAGGCCCUACAGGAGGGAGAGGGAGACCUGAGCAUCUCCGCAGACAGACUGAGUGAGAAAAAGUCUCAGAAUGACUUUGCCCUGUGGAAAGCCUCCAAACCUGGGGAACCGUCCUGGGACUCCCCCUGGGGAAAGGGCAGACCGGGCUGGCACAUCGAGUGCUCUGCGAUGGCUGGGACCAUUCUGGGAGAAUCUAUGGACAUCCACGGAGGAGGCUUCGACCUGCGCUUCCCUCACCAUGACAAUGAACUCGCUCAGUCCGAAGCCUACUUUGAUAACGAUUACUGGGUGCGUUACUUCCUGCACACGGGGCAUCUGACCAUCGCCGGCUGCAAAAUGUCCAAAUCUCUGAAGAACUUCAUCACCAUCAAAGACGCUCUGGCCAAAAACACCGCUCGUCAGCUCCGUCUGGCGUUCCUGAUGCACGCCUGGAAAGACACGUUGGAUUAUUCCUCCAACACCAUGGAGUCGGCCGUGCAGUACGAGAAGUUCAUGAGUGAGUUUUUCCUGAACGUAAAAGACGUCCUCCGAGCGCCCACUGACAUCACAGGGCGCUUUGAGAAGUGGGAGGAGCCAGAGAUCGAGCUCAACAACAGUUUCUACGAGAGGAAGCGCCUGGUGCACGAGGCCCUGUGUGACAACAUGGACACUCGUACGGCUCUGGAGGAGAUGAGGCUCCUGGUCAGCCACAGCAACAGCUACGUCGCCAACAGGAAGAGCGCGAAACUACGACCCAACAGGAUGCUACUGGAAAGCAUCGCAACCUACCUCACAUACAUGCUCAAGGUGUUUGGAGCCAUUGAAGGAUCAGAGCCCAUUGGUUUCCCAGUGGGAGGACAAGGCCAGAGCGUGGAUUUGGAGAGCACAGUGAUGCCGUACCUCACAGUGUUAUCGGACUUCAGAGAGAAAGUUCGCAAAAUCGCCAGAGAACAGAAAGUGACUGAGUUGUUGCAGCUUUGUGAUGUGGUUCGUGACGACACUUUGCCAGAACUCGGCGUCAGACUGGAGGACCACGAAGGACUGCCCACUGUGGUGAAGCUGGUCGACCGAGAGACGCUGCUGAAGGAGAGAGAAGAGAAGAAAAAGUUGGAAGAGGAAAAGAAGAGAAAGAAGGAAGAGGCAGCUAAAAAGAAACAAGAACAAGAGAUGGCUAAACUGGCCAAGAUGAAGAUCCCUCCGUGUGAACUGUUCCGCUCAGAGACUGACAAAUAUUCAAAGUUUGAUGAAACGGGUUUUCCGACUCACGACACAGAAGGGAAGGAGCUGAGCAAAGGCCAGGCCAAAAAACUGAGGAAACUCUUCGAAGCUCAGGAAAAACUACACAACGAAUAUCUGCAAAUGAACCAAAACGGCAACUGAAUAAAGACUUCCUGUUUUAUCUCCUACAAACAACUUACAAAUAAUGGGGCCAUUCUAGUUCAACACAUCAUACACUUUUGUAGCAAGUUCAUUUUUUAAUAUUUUGGAAAUGGUGGAUGUAAUUAAAUGUAAUAGAAUAAUUGAUAAAGUAGGAUUUAUAUAAAAAAACAAAACUGGUGGAACAUCUGACACUGCCAUAUUACUAAAAAUAAUUUCUUAUUUUUGGUAUUUUUCCAAUGAAAUUUAAAGUUACAGUGGCAGAAAAAGAAUAAUAAUAAUGGGUCAAAUAUUAGUUAAUUUCAUACAUUUUGAAUAUUGUGGGCAAAAUGUGUAAUUAAGUAAAAAAAAAAAAAAUAGGCAGAAUUGUAUAAAUAAGUUGUGCAAUAAAAGUAAAUAUUAAAAAUGGGGAAACCACUGCUCAUCGGAAACUACAAUUUGUGAUCUGACAAAGCAGUUGCUGAAAAUUAAAGCCUCACUGCGUAACAUUUCAGCCAUUAAUUAGACUAUAAUGAAAGUAUUAAACAUAUUUUCAUGGUAUUUUACAAAAACUCUUGUAAUAAAAAAGUAAUAAUGUUUGAUUUUAGUUUGUUUAAUGGUUGAAAUGUUACACAGUGUGGCUUUAAUAAUUACAUAUACGUAGUGAUUAGUAAUAGAAGGAAAUAGAUGCAAGAAUGAAAAAAAUAAAAAUAUAUAAAUGGCUGAAUAGGACUCUUUGAAAUGAAGUUUUUAAGAACUAGCUGAAUUUGCUUUGUCAGUUUUCACAAGUUUAAACUUUUAAACUACAGCGUGUUUUCAUGUUUUUGGAUCAUUUAUAAGAGAAGAGUUUACUGGGUUUUCUGAGCAGCUCUUUCACAUAAACGUGUGUCUCCUCUACAGAUAUUACACUGAAGGCCUUUAUUUCUACAUCCUCCUCAUCCUGUAUAAAGUUUUACAUAGGGAAGUAUUGUCUUUGUUUUUGUCAUUUGUAUGAGCAGAUUUUUAAAUAAAAUCUACCGUCCGUCUGGUUA